CUGGGAUGGCGAGUGUCGGUGCAGCCUGCUGGUGCACAACUUGAAGACGGGCACUUUGUAUCUUACCGUGCCAGUCACUUCUCAUCUAUCCUCAUCCUCCUCCCCUCCUCACUCUAUCCCUCUCCGGAAUCCUACUAUCCGGAACCUCCUUUCCUCGAAGUUGAGCCCAGCCCAUCCGGGUUGCUUCCCAUCGCCCGCCACCACCCGAAACGCGGUUCCUGCCAGAGCAUGCUCCGUGGUCAAAGUCUACCAUGGAGGCUUGCGCUCCGAAGCAGUCAGCGAAACCUAUGCAGUGACUGUCGACGGCAUCUUUUCCAAAGGCAUGCUUUCUCCUCCGCGACCGCUAGGCAGCCUGCUUCCGCCUGUGCCAUCACUGCCCGACAUGGCUUACAAAUACGCCAAUUUUCUUCUCACCCAGUGCGGCGGAAAGACAAACCGCCCGAGGAUGAUCCGGUGACUUCGACCGAGGAAGCUGAAGAGAAGUUAAAAAAGACAAGAGACGAGAAGGAUGAAGCAAGCCGGUCUGAGGAUGCCGUCGAGUCGAAGAAGCCCCAGUCCGAACCUCAACCUAUACCUCAAUCUCCUAGCCAGGCAAAGCCUACAGCGGCAGGAGGAAAUGGUGGCGAAUCAUCACCGGCGUCUGGACAGCCAUCGAGUGGAGGAGACGGUACCCGACGAGGACGACGGAGCACCCAAAUAUCAAAGCCAACUGUACCGGAGACCUACCCUCAAGUCAUGGCCAUUCCAAUUGCGAAACGUCCCCUGUUCCCAGGCUUCUACAAGGCCAUCACGAUCAGAGAUCCUAAUGUGGUGGCCGCCAUUACGGAGAUGAUGAAGAGAGGACAGCCAUACGUGGGCGCAUUCCUGUUCAAGGACGAGAGUGCUGAUAAGGAUAUCAUCGAGAAACCGGACGAUGUCCACGAAGUCGGUGUUUUUGCCCAGAUCACUAGCGCAUUCCCCGUGCAUGGUGACGAGCAUAGCUUGACCGCGGUGCUGUAUCCUCAUCGCCGGAUAAAGAUGACGGCUUUGAUUCCUCCCUCCACCGGCUCUGAGAAAGGCGCAUCCGUCGUCGAAGUGCAGCCUGUAAAAGAGAGCAAGUCGUUUGCUGAACCUGCUGCUGAGAAUAAGGGGGACGUUGUUGCCAGUUUUGAAGAACCAGCCAAGGAGCAACCCUCUCAAUUGAGCGUGUACGAACCUACAGCCUUCCUUCGAAAGUAUCCUGUUUCGCUUGUCAAUGUGGAGAACUUGACAGAAGUUCCUUAUGAUAAAAAGAGCGAUGUUAUCAGAGCUCUCACCUCAGAGAUAGUCAACGUCUUCAAAGAGGUGGCGAGCCUUAACCAACUUUUCCGGGACCAGAUCUCCGAUUUCAGUGUUUCGCAGUCCGCAGGCAAUGUCAUUGAAGAGCCUGCCAAACUCGCGGAUUUUGCUGCGGCAGUCUCUGCUGGUGAGGUGGAUGAGCUCCAAGACGUACUUCAGACUAUGAAUGUGGAGGAACGAUUGCACAAGGCUUUGGUCGUCCUCAAGAAGGAAUUAAUGAACGCGAAACUGCAAUCCAAGAUCUCAAAGGAUGUUGAAAGCAAGAUCCAAAAACGGCAACGUGAGUACUGGCUCAUGGAGCAAAUGAAGGGUAUUCGACGAGAAUUGGGCAUUGAAUCUGACGGCAAAGACAAACUGGUGGAAAAGUUCAAAGAGAAGGCUCAAAAACUGGCCAUGCCGGAGGCUGUCAAGAAAGUUUUCGAAGAAGAAUUGAAUAAACUGGCCCAUCUUGAACCUGCCGCAUCAGAGUUCAAUGUGACAAGGAACUACCUGGACUGGCUGACACAGGUACCUUGGGGCCAGAGAAGCGCCGAGAACUUUGGCAUUAAGAAUGCCAUGAAGGUGCUCGACGAGGAUCACUAUGGUUUGAAAGAUGUCAAAGACCGAAUACUGGAAUUCAUUGCUGUUGGCAAGCUGCGUGGGACUGUUGAAGGCAAGAUCCUGUGCUUUGUUGGCCCACCUGGUGUGGGAAAGACAUCUAUCGGCAAGUCGAUUGCACGCGCUUUGAACCGACAGUAUUACCGUUUCAGUGUCGGAGGCUUGACGGAUGUUGCCGAGAUCAAGGGCCAUCGUCGGACCUACGUUGGUGCCUUGCCAGGUAGAAUCAUCCAAGCGUUGAAGAAGUGCCAAACUGAGAAUCCUCUCAUUCUUAUCGACGAAGUGGACAAGAUUGGCCGUGGCCACCAAGGAGAUCCCGCGUCCGCUCUGCUCGAGUUACUCGACCCCGAGCAGAACUCCAGCUUCCUGGACCACUACAUGGAUGUCCCCGUCGAUUUGUCCAAAGUGCUCUUCGUCUGCACGGCGAACAUGACUGAUACUAUCCCCCGACCCUUGCUUGAUCGCAUGGAAAUGAUUGAACUGAGUGGUUAUGUUGCGGACGAGAAGAAGGCCAUUGCAGAUCGAUACCUCGCCCCACAGGCAAAGGAGCUUUCCGGUCUGAAAGACGCCGACGUCAACUUGGAUGAAUCAGCCAUCGAAGAACUUAUCAACAAAUACUGCCGCGAAUCUGGUGUGCGAAACCUCAAAAAACAGAUUGAAAAAGUGUUCCGCAAGUCCGCUCUAAAGAUUAUCCAGGAUCUGGGUGAGGAAGCCCUACCCGAGUCAGAGGCCCUGACCGAUGAAGGAAAAGCGGCGUUGGAAGAGAGCAAAAAGGAUGAGUCCGAUGUCAAGGAUACCCCAGAGAACAUCGACAAAGAGACCACAGAAAAGCCUCGAGUCGCACUGAAACUGCCAGAUUCCGUGCAUGUCACCAUCACGAAGGAUAACCUCAAAGACUAUGUCGGCCCUCCUGUCUUCACAUCUGACCGUCUCUAUGAGACCACGCCGCCCGGUGUCGCCAUGGGGCUUGCCUGGACGAGCAUGGGAGGGGCAGCUCUUUAUGUCGAGUCCAUCCUGGAGUCUGCACUGUCACGCUCCAGCAGACCGGGCUUUGAGCGGACGGGCAAUCUGAAAGCCGUUAUGAAGGAGUCAACGUCAAUUGCGUAUUCAUUUGCCAAGCACGUCAUGGCUACUCGCUUCCCCGAGAACCGCUUCUUUGACCAUGCGAAAAUCCACCUGCAUUGUCCCGAAGGUGCUGUUCAGAAGGACGGGCCAUCGGCCGGUAUCACUAUGGCAACAUCCCUGCUGAGUUUAGCCAUGAAUAAGCAGGUUAAUCCUUCGCUGGCUAUGACUGGCGAACUGACCGUGACGGGUAAAGUCCUCAGGAUAGGCGGGUUGAGAGAGAAAACAGUUGCAGCUAGGAGAGCAGGGUGCUCGAAAAUUCUCUUCCCUAAGGAUAAUUGGGGUGAUUGGUGCGAGCUGCCCGAUAACAUCAAAGAAGGCAUCGAAGGCCAUGCUGUCGACUGGUACGAUGAAGUGUUUGACAUUGUCUUCCCCAAUGUUAACGCAGACGAAAUCAACGGCUUAUGGAAGGAGGCUUUGAAGAAGUCGAAAGAGGACAAGGACAAGGACCGGGAUCACGACGACGACGAUGACUGAAGACGGGGCCUUUGGUCAAUUCAUCUGCAACAUUUUGUGAAAGUCCAUGUCGACACAUAUUAGCCGCACCUGCUCUCCAACUCGCGAUGCUCAACAGCAGGCAUGGCAAGACCCGCAGCAUGCGACAGAGGCUCGUCCGAUGAGCGAGGACUCGGGUCAUUUGUCGCCCAUUUUGACGACGAAGAACCGCGAGCAUCUAUGGGUGGAUUUUCGGCGCUGGUGCAUCUAUGGAGAGUGGUCGCGGAUGACUGAUAUUGAAUGGAUUUGCCGGCAACGGACAGGGGAGUCCGUUGUGGCGCAUAGAGCAUAGAUGUUGCGGAACCGAAAACGGCGAAAAGCCGAACACUGCAAUCUCCGCUCUGGCUUUUUUGGUGUAGGAUAUAUGAAAGAAUAAAGAAAUGGAACACGACAGGAUUUGUUCAGGAAGCGCCCAUUGCGCAUGUUCGGUAAUUGAAAAGGCAUAAUCCAUCAGAGAUUGGUCGUGUUACCUUGUAUGUGCUCGUUCCGUCGUCAAUCCCCAUGUAAUCAAUAUCGUUGAAGCCGCAUCGAACUGUUCAUGGCCGCUUCGGCGGUGUUCUCUUUACCCAUCAGCCUCCCCAUCUUGGAUUUCAACAUGAGACCCCUCUUCCUCCACUGACGAAGAGUACGGACCCAGGGCGUCCUCAGAUCCCCUAAUGCUGGCAUAUCUGUAACUCCUCAGGACAGAGAGUUCGUAUGCGUCAAG